CCCAGAUAAUUCUGCUUCAAAGCCAGGAGUCACCGCUGAGAUCUUAUCCUGCCCAUAAUGUCCUACGUCGCUCCCCACAAGGCUGCCAAGGCUGGCUUCGAAGAGGCUGUUGAGCCCAAGAUCCACCGCAUCCGCAUCACCCUCACCUCCCGCAACGUCGCCAACCUCGAGAAGGUCUGCGCUGACCUCGUCAACCGUGCCAAGGACAAGCAGCUCAAGGUCAAGGGCCCCGUCCGCCUCCCCACCAAGGUCCUCCGCAUCACCACCCGCAAGACCCCCUGUGGUGAGGGCUCCAAGACCUGGGACCGCUACGAGAUGCGUGUCCACAAGCGCCUGAUCGAUCUCCACUCUCCCUCCGAGAUUGUCAAGCAGAUCACCUCCAUCUCCAUCGAGCCCGGAGUCGAGGUCGAGGUCACCAUCCAGAACGCUUAAGCGUGCGACGUUGCUGUAUUGCGAUGAGUGGUGGCAGGAUGCCGGUGUUUUUUUUUCGUGCCCAGCAGGCCUCGACGAUGCCAGCUUGGUAUUUUUGAAGCACAGAAUACAGCCACGAUUCUCCUCCAGCUACUCUGCCGG